UAUCGCCGCCCAGGAAGAACCGAGGAAGAAGAAGGAGCUUGUAUCCGUAAUGGCGAUACUCUUCGCUACUUCUUGUCUUAUAAUAAUUCUAUGCAUUCUUUUUGUUGUACGCUUAUAUUUAGUCAUCGGGAAUGUAUCACAAUAUGAAGCUGACAGCAAACGUAGCGUUACUGUGCUUGUUGUGGCGGGAUCGGGUGGUCACACUACAGAGAUGCUGAGACUGAUGGAACAUCUUUGUUGUGUCUUCUCACCUCGUUUCUACGUCAUCGCUGACUCUGACAGGAUGAGUGAGGACAAAGUUUCUAAAUUUGAAAAAUGCAAAGAUUGCAACACCUCUGACACCCAGUUCAGCAUUUAUCGGAUCCCGCGCAGCCGAGAGGUGCAUCAGUCCUGGGGUUCUUCAGUGGUGAGCACCCUGGGCGCCCUGUGGUAUUCUGUCCCGCUGGUCUUUAGACUCAGACCCGACAUGGUGCUGUGUAACGGCCCCGGCACGUGUGUUCCUCUUUGCCUAGCAGCCCUCCUGCUGGGAGUUUUGGGACUGAAGAAAGUGUUGAUCGUGUACAUCGAAAGUAUUUGUCGAGUGGAGUCCAUGUCGCUCACUGGCACCAUCCUCUACCGCCUGGCAGACUUUUUCUUUGUGCAGUGGCCGUGUCUCAGGGACCGCUAUCCCAAAUCCAUCUUCCUUGGAAGAAUCGUGUGAACUUUCAUCCCUCAAUAAAUACUAUUUACCA